AUGAAACUGAACAAUGAGAAAUCAUUCUAUGGAAAUGAUAGUCGUAUACCUGUUGGUCAAGAAUGUGUUAUCAGUGUGAACACAGCACAAGCUGGUGUUGGACAAUUAACUUGUCGUAUUGUUACACCGUCUGGUGCAACAGCUGAUGUUGAAAUUCAUGAAGCACCGAAUGGUUGUGUCAACAUUUACUAUACACCACCAAUUCGUGGUGAUUAUUUAGUUGAGAUAAGAUUUGGUGGUGAACUUAUCCCGAAUGGACGAUUUAAUCAAAAAGCUGUCAACCCAGAAGAACUAAUGAAUGAUAUAACUGAUCAAAGAGUACAGCAUGUGAAUGUACAAUCUGUACAAACUGUUCAAUCAUCAACAAUUACAACAGGAUAUCAUCCAGUUGAUUUUAAACUACCGGUCGGUCCAACGUUUAGUCACGUAGAAGGUUUAGUACGUACACCAAGUGGUCGAAUUCUACAUCCAACAUUAUUGGAUAAUGGUGAUGGAACAGUGACAGCACAAUUUCAACCAAAUGAACCUGGUCUGCAUGAAUUAGAAAUCACUUAUAAUGGUCAAUCAAUACCUGGAAGUCCGUUUAGAUUUUAUGUUGAAGCUGUUGGAUCUGGCAUUGUGACAGCUUAUGGACCAGGAUUAUCUUGUGGUCGUGCUGGUGAACCGGCAAAUUUCACUUUAGUUACACGUGAUGCUGGAGCAGGUGGUUUGUCACUUUCUGUUGAAGGACCAUCGAAAGCCGAUAUUCAAUGUGAUGAUAAUAAAAAUGGUACUUGUAGUGUAAGCUAUUUACCAUUGGUACCUGGUGAAUAUACUGUAUCGAUUAAAUUCAUGGAAAAUCAUAUACCUGGUUCACCAUUCACAGCACAUAUUACAGGUGAAUCACGUCGAUUCAAUCAAGUCUGUGUUGGAACUACCAGCGAAAUGCCAUUACGUAUCACGGAAACAGAUAUUUAUAAUCUUGUUGCAACUGUUCGUAGCCCAUCAGGAAUUGAACAACCAUCUACAUUGAAAAGACUACCCAACGGACAUUUAGGUAAAUUCGAAAAAAGUUAUCAUUGA